UAUGUACGGCCACAUUGAGAAGCUGGCCCAGGCCGAACUCAAGGGUAUCCAGGCUGCUGGUGGCUCCGCCGACCUCUACCAGAUCCCUGAGACCCUCCCCCAGGAGGUCCUCGACAAGAUGCACGCUCCCAAGAAGUCUUCCGUCCCCGUCUUGGAGAAGCCCGAGCAGCUCCUUGACUACGAUGCUGUCCUCUUCGGUAUCCCCACCCGUUACGGUAACUUCCCUGCUCAGUGGAAGGCCUUCUGGGACCGUACUGGCGGUAUCUGGGCCACCGGUGGCUUCUACGGCCGCUACGCCGGUCUCUUCGUCUCCACUGGUACCCUUGGAGGUGGACAGGAAUCUACCGCUCUCGCCUCGAUGAGCACCCUCUCCCACCACGGUUUCAUCUACGUGCCCCUUGGCUACAAGACUGCCUUCCCUCUCCUUUCCAACCUCGACGAGGUCCACGGUGGUAGCGCCUGGGGUGCUGGUACCUUCGCUGGUGCCGAUGGCUCUCGCCAGCCCACUCCUCUCGAGCUCCAGAUCGCCGAGACCCAGGGCAAGUCCUUCUGGGACCACGUUUCCCGUGUUAACUUCGCGUGACUGCAUGGCAGCAGCGAGAACAAGUCUGAGGCACAACCUGCUCAACAGCAAAAGGAAACAAAGGCAGCACCCCAGAAUGAAACUCAGCAGCAGGGUUCCCAAGCAGCGAACGCAGAGAGGGAUAGUGAAGGCGGCCCUUGCGGGCUUCCUAAGAAGUGUAACAUUCUCUGAUCGACUCGCUUAUAUACCCCUGGUUGUUUUGUCCGUUUAACGUUGUCGUCUUUGUCCUUGAGCUACGAGAAGACUUGAUGAUUAAUGAUAAAGUUUAUAUAAAGAAACUAAUUAGAAAAUAAUUCAAAUCUUUUCUAUUAA